AUGGCCUCACUGAACGCGUUCGAAAUCCCAGUCAAGUCAGUGACGCUGUAUCAGUCCUCUGCCGCAGAGGUGCUGCGCGUAUUCUCAGUUGACCUGAAGGCAUGGACAGGCGAUCUCGCGCGCGUCCUAGACGUCGUGUAUGCAGUCGCGUCGGGCGCGCCAACUGCGGUCCAGCCCGCGUCCGAGUCGCUGCGCGGUCUCGUCGCGCAGAAGCGUGCACUUGAGGAUGAGAAAGAUACCCAACAGCACCGCUUGGAGCUCCUCUCGUCUUACUUGCGUUCGCUGACCGUCGCGCAGGUCCCACCGGGCGACGUCGUGUCCCUCUUUGAUGACAUUAUUGAAGUGAGGCGCGUUGUCAUGUCCACUAUCCGACAGAUUGAGGAGCAGAUAGUGGACAUCGAGCGAGCGAUCGAUGACGAGCGCGUACCGCGGCCGCACAUAGGUGCGACCACGGGUCACGCUACAGUCGUCAUCGCAGCCUCUCAAGAGUGCUCUGUCGAAAUGAAGCUGACGUAUUUGGUCACAGAUGUCAGCUGGAAGCCGUUCUACGAGCUAUACGUGACGACGGAAAAUGGGCAACCCGCAAAGUCUGUCACGCUGCAUCGCCGCGCGCAUAUCGUGCAGCGCACGGGCGAGGACUGGAGGGACGCGGCGCUCACGCUGUGCACCUCGCCCGCGCCCGCGCACUGCACGUCCAAUAUCCCCGAUGUCGGGGAGCGCAAGAUCGUCGUCGUCGAGACCUCGUCUAGCGAACCGUCUGAUCCCCCUGUCAAAUCUGCCUUCACAGGACCCUCCGGCUUCUUCCAACCUGCGCCUGCUACCCAGUCCAGGUUCUCUACACAGUCCGUGUUUCCACAGAUAAAUAGCGCGCCUUUGGCCCCGCGUGGUCUAUCUGCGUCACAGCGGAUGGCAGCGCCGCCUGCACCGCUUCCUGAGGCAGCUUUCAACCAUUCUUCCCUCUUAACCGGCCAUCACGGAUGCAGCGGGAUCAUCUUUGGGAAUCACGCCUCCCAGAAGCAAUCUGUGUUCGAUGUGGCGCCCAGAUACGCGCUCUUCGGUUCCCCCUCCACCAUCCCUUCGAACGGUAGCAUGUUCCCUGCUGUCCAGGACACAAGACAGAGCGCGGAGCAGGCUGCGACUGGCGAUGCAAGUGCCGCGACGACCGUGAAAGCACUCGGCACGAGCGUGCAUUCGGAGACUCUGGAUGUCCCUGCAGAUGGCGCGCCUCCGGUGCCCAGCGACGGCCUACCGCACGCGGUGUCGCUCUCUGUAGCAACGCUCAAGGCCGAAUUCGCGUGGGUGUGCGUUCCGGACGCACGGGCAGCAGCGUAUGUCGAGUGUCGCAUGACGAACGACGGCGCGGCUGCCGUGCGCCUGUUGGCCGGGCCCGUGAACGCGUACAUCGACGACGAGUUCGUUGCCAAAGGCGAGCUGAAGGAUGUGCCCUCCGGCGGCAGCUUUGCGUGCUCGCUCGGCGCGGACAACGCCGUCGAGGUGUCGUACUCGCGCACCAUGCGUCAGGGGCCCGAGCCGCCUCGCUUUGGUGCCUUCGGCACGGUUGCGGGUCCGGAGCGCACACAUUGCGCGGACUUGACCACGGUGGUCAACCGGCACAUGUUCGCCAUCGCACUGCUUGUGCGCCACGCAGUGCCAGCGACGAGCGACUUGCGGCUCACCGUGUCGGCAGACUCCGUACUUGUGACACUGUCUGGUGGAGAUGAUGGCCAUGGGGAGAAGAACAAGUAUUGGGAGCGCAGGUAUGAGGUCGAGGCAGGGAGAUCGGUCGUAUGUUCUUUCGGGUGGGAGGUCUCCGCGCCUGCCGGCAUCACCUGGAAGGAGGAGGACGAGUGA